CUGAGUAGACAGGAAGUGGAGUUGACGGGCACAGGCUAUAAUUGACAAUAUAGUUUAGAGAGCGUUAGUGAUCGACACGUCGAAAUGGAACGCACCUAUCUUCUAACCUUGCUGUUGACUACACUGGUAUACUCUAGCCUGGGUCACAGGGGAGGUCGAUCUCCUUCAGCCUCUCUGAGCAUCAGUCCCGACAGAUCUCAGUUCCUUGAAUAUAUAUCUUUUUCUCUGAGCUGUGAGGUUCAGGGGAGUUCUACUGGAUGGAGACUGAAGAGAUACACAGCGACUGUGAAACCGUCAGAGUCUGGAGUCGACUGGGGGUUCAAUCAAUCCAACUACGUCAUCAAGACAGCUAAAACAUCAGACAGUGGAGUGUACUGGUGUGAGUCUGGGUCUGGAGAACACAGCAAUGCUGUCAACAUCACAGUACACGGUGGCGCUGUGAUCUUGGAGAGCCCCGCCCUUCCUGUGACUGAGGAUGAUUCUGUGACUCUGCGCUGCAAAUAUCAGGCAACUCCCGCUGAACUCACAGCUGAUUUCUACAAAGAUGGAUCCCUCAUCAGGACUGAGAUGACAGGAGAGAUGACCAUCCCUGCAGUAUCCAAGUCAGAUGAAGGGCUCUACAAGUGUAACAACUCUGAAGGAGAAUCACCAGAGAGCUGGAUGACUGUGAAAAGUUGGUCUUCAGCCUCCCUGAGUAUCAGUCCCGACAGAUCUCAGUUCCUUGAAUACAAGUCUGUCUCUCUGAGCUGUGAGGUUCAGGCGAGCGCUGCUGGAUGGAGACUGAAGAGGUACACAGUGACUGGAGUCGACUGGGGGUUCAAUCACGGUUCCAACUACGUCAUCAAGACAGCCAAAACAUCAGACAGUGGAGUGUACUGGUGUGAGUCUCGGUCUGGCCAAUGCAGCAAUGCUGUCAACUUCACAGUACACGGUGGCGCUGUGAUCCUGGAGAGCCCCGCCCUUCCUGUAACUGAAGGAGAUUCCGUGACUCUGCGCUGCAGACAUGAAGACAAGAAAACGAAGGACAUGUCCUCAAACCUCACAGCUGAUUUCUACAAAGAUGGAUCCCUCAUCAGGACUGAGACGACAGGAGAGAUGACCAUCCCUGCAGUAUCCAAGUCAGAUGAAGGGCUCUACAAGUGUAAAAACUCUGAAGGAGAAUCACCAGAGAGCUGGAUGACUGUGACAGGCCCAGGGCCUGUGUGGUCCAUCUCUCUGCCCAGGCUGCUGUGUAGUCUACUGGUGGUGUCUCCCUACCUGCUGGUGACCAUCGUACUGCUGGUGAAAUUCCGUAGGCGCCGUGCUCAAGGGGAAACCAGGGAACCCAGGAAGACACACCAAGACCAACCAGGUCAGCAUGUUGAAGAGUGAGCUCACCGGAUCACCAUAACAAUGGAACGCACAGACUUCUAAUCCGGAACUGUGAAACACUGUUAUUUCUUAGCUUUUAGCUUUGCAUGCUGGUACAAUAGUGCCAAUUUAUAAAUGUGAUUUGUGAACUAUAUCCUUUUUUUGUUUACUAUAUCUUUAAAGAAAUGUAUGCAAAAUAAUUUAUAUGUUUUAAUCCAUGUUUUAUGGGGAAUUAGUCGAUUUUUAUCUGGAUUCAUCUAUAUCAUUUUCUUGGUGCACUUAGUGUUAAUUCAGGUGCUAUGAUAUUAUAAUCAAUCAAUUGUAAAUGUCCUAAUUUUUCAUCGCUAUACACACACAACACAGAUGUAGUGUACACUACUUUGAUGUAGACAUAUUAUUAACGUUCUGGUACUUAUACAAUGUUUAUUUACAUGUGUCUAGAGUAGAAAACAAAACAAGUCAAGAUAUCUUUGCUGUUAAGCAAUAACUAAUGACGCAUUUCCUCAGCAAACCCAUGUUUUGUACAUUCUCUUUCAUUUUGGUUACAUAUGGCAUACAAAUGUAAUGCACCUGGGGAAUCCGAAUGUCUUUGGAACAUCCUGCGAGGUUCAUCCUCUCUGAGCAUGAGUUAAAGGGGAGAGGUAAAUGCAGUUUCUCUCCCUCCAUCACUCUCUCUCUCUCUCCAGCCACCACUCUUGCCCAUGGCAUGUAAUGGCGCCUCUCUGUGAAAGUGCAAACACCUACAGUACAUGAUGCACACUGCAUGGAGAAAGGUAACAGAACGGACUGAUGAGGCAGGAGGCGGGAGUUACCACAUGGAGUAUAGCUCCUUCUGCUGGAGAAAAGUUAGGCUAGAACGUCAACUUUUUAUUUAACUAGGCAAGUCAGUUAAGAACAAAUUCUUAUUUUCAAUGAUGGCCUAAGAACAGUGGGUUAACUGCCUUGUUCAGGGGCAGAACGACAGAUUUUUACCUUGUCAGUUCGGGGAUUGGAUCUUGCAACCUUCUGGGAGGUGAGAAAGGUGAGGUGAGAAGGUGAGGUGGAGGUGAGAAAAUCAAAGUAACCUGUAGUGGGGGCAGUACCCAGUGAUGUGCUAUAUACACAUCAGAGGGGAUUUGAUUAUCUGGCAAGGGUUUCCCCAGUGGGAGGAGUUUGCACCAGGUGAAAAGUGAUUGCAUUAGUUUUGGAACCAGGCUACGUUAACGGGCGUGAGCCAGAUGCCCCGUUUUGGUCAACGGCGACUCAAAACAAAAGUAAAGUAGGUUAAGCACAUGGAGUAAUGAGUAGUAUUCUGUGUUUUCACACAGGGCCUGAUUACUGAUGGGGCUGAAGCCCCGGGGCCAAAGCCAGUUCUUGAGGCAGAAAAAAUGCAACCGCCUGUCACAGGAACACGCUCUCAAUAAGUGUAGAUAGCCUCCUGCUGCCACUCUGCUAAUCAGAUGGGGGAGGAGAGGAGGUAUGUCACGCCCUGGUCUAAGUAUUUUGUGUUUUUCUUCAUGUAUUGGGUCAGGCCAGGGUGUGGCAUGGAGUUUUUGUAUUGUGGUGUGUUUUGUCUUGGGGUUUUGGUGUGUAUGUAUUUGGGAUUGUAGCUAGUGGGGUUAUCUAGCAAAGUCUAUGGCUGUCUGGAGUGGUUCUCAAUCAGAGGCAGGUGCUUAUCGUUGUCUCUGAUUGGGAACCAUAUUUAGGCAGCCAUAUUCUUUGAGUUUGUUGUGGGUGAUUGUCCUUAGUGUCUUUGUUCCUGUCUCUAUGUUAGUUUACACUAGUAUAGGCUGUUUCGGUUUUCAUUACGUUAAGUUUGUUGUUUUGUAGUGCAUUUGUUUUGAUUCGAGUUUUACGUUUUCAUUAAACAUGGAUCGCAAUCUACACGCUGCGUUUUGGUCCGACUCUCCUUCACCACACUUAGAUAACCGUUAUAAGGUAUGGGGCCCACCUGAGUAACUAGGGGGCCCUGCCUUGGUUGUGUAACUGAUAAAAAAAUAUAUGAUUUAACUGCAUAAUAAAUAAAUACGAGUACGCGACUGGUAAAUUGUGUGAGACGUGUCGAUUUAUAAUCCAAUCAGAAAACUUAACCAAUUAUGGCACCAGUACGCAACGCGGUUUCCGUUGUCUACCAUGACCGUGCGAGAAAAAAAUAUAUUCCUAGCUAUGGUGGGAUAACGUUAGAGUGGCCUGAGCGGGGCCCCGAAAAAUUAAUUCCAGAAAAGAACAGUGGGAGCAAGAAUUUAGACAGAAAGAGAUCAGCAAUGGGACAGGAAAGACCACCUAACCAUUUGACUCUUAUAGAUCUUCAGAGUGAUGUACUCAGGAGACUUAAUUUCAAGGACAUCAUUGCAGAUUUUGCUGCUCAGAAAACAAGGAGGAAAUGCUUUGAAGGUAAGCCAUUACACUUCCUGUAAAAAUGCACUGCAAUAGGCCUAAUGCUCGCCCGCUGGAGAGGCUUUGUCCAGCUGGUGGGUGCUGAAAUGGCAAAGGCCGCGCUUCUGUUUUCUUUGCGAUGGCUCGUGAACAGUUGCAGUAACUGUCCCGUUGUCCUCAGUCAAUAGUGUGAACAUGCUGUGUAUGCGUGCCAUGCCAAUGCCUAGGCCCUAUUUCAUUCAUUUAUUUCGAGAAGAGAUGCUUAUAAUCCCGCGCCUUUAUCACAGUCAACAACACACAUACAUUUUAUAGUAAGAAUAUAAUGCUAUAAAAUAUUUCUAUUUAGGGGCUUAAAUCAAACAAAGCUCCGGGAUAUAAGAUUUGUUCAUCCGACCCUGUUUUCACCUGUAAAAGUGGUUGUUUUUGGCUUUAUCUGCCUUUCAAAUGAACAUACACGGGGCGGCAGGGUAGCCUAGUGGUUAGAGCGUUGGACUAGUAACCGAAAGGUUGCAAGUUCGAAUCCCCAAGCUGACAAUGU